UUAUGAGGUAUUAUCUCAGAGGAAAUCGAUGUUGAUAAGAUAAGAAAAGAAAUCGUCAUCAAACGAAAGUCGAAGAUAAGCUAAUGCCUAACAUGCCUAACUUUUCGCGAAUUAAACUUAGUGAGAAUUUGCCAUUUGAUAAGCUAUGGCCGGUACAGUAGAGGGUGUUCCCUAUGAGGAGAUCCAGACAAAAGAGCUCAUAGGCACCGGAUUCUAUGGCAGCGUGUACAAGGCGAUCUGGAGAAAUCGAGAGAUCGCGCUGAAGAGAAUUCGCGAGGGAUGUGAGGACAAAAAGAUUGAAAGGGAGAUCUACCAGCUGACAAAGGCCAGCCAUGUCAACAUAGUUCAGCUCUACGGCACAUCGAGGCACGAGGGAUGCGCCCUGCUGCUGAUGGAGCUCGUAGACGGUGGAUCUCUGUCCAGUUUUCUGCAUGCGGAAAGCAAGCCAAGUUACUCGCAUGCCCACGCCUUCAACUGGGCGCAUCAGAUCGCUCAGGGCAUAGCUUAUCUGCAUGGCAUGCUGCCGAAAGCAGUCAUUCAUCGCGAUAUAAAACCACUCAAUACACUGCUCUGCGAGAAGGGACUCAAGCUGAAGAUCUGCGACUUUGGAACUGUGGUGGAUCUAUCGCAAUCGAUAUCGUGCAAUGCGGGCACCUGCAGAUACAAAGCGCCAGAGGUUCUCCAAGGCAACAAACCCGAUGAAAAGUGCGAUGUGUACAGUUGGGCAAUUACCUUUUGGGAAAUAUUGUCGCGCAAGGAGCCAUUUGAGCAAUAUAAUACCCUUUUUGAACUGUACAUGGCUAUAAAUGAAGGCGAAAGACCGGAUUUAAGUUACAUUAUGGCUGGCUGCCCCGCGGAUAUAGUCGCUCUUUUAAGUGCUUGUUGGGACCCGGAUAUCAGCAAAAGAUUUUCCAUGGAACUGAUUUCCCAAAGCACGGGAAGCAUCCUAAGUCAGGCGGGACACAUUCCAGCGCUGGAUUUUUACUCAUAGAACUAAUUCCACCCUUUUACGUUCGCCAUUAAAAACAGAUAUCGUUGUGAACGUUAAACACUAUUUUAUUUUCUUGAAAACUCUCCUGAAGUAUUUACAUUGUACGGGAUGCUGUACGGAUUAUGCGGAUAGGUUGGGUGGGUGGGUUAGAUGCUUUUUGGGUUGUGGAGCGCCAAAUAUUCAAUUCAAGGCUAUAUCCAGUGAAUUGCAAAAUUAUUUGCGGAAGUACAUAAUUCGUUAUUUUCGUUAGAUGCGGGUAUAGGUAUUAGGUAUUAGGUAUGCAUAUAGGGAAUUUAUAAAAUAUGAUCUAGGCAUAUGUUUUACAGUAUAUGGAUCACUAGCAAUACGUUUGUUACUGAUAAUGUUACUUAAUCUGGUGAUGUUUGGUUUUUCUCUUUUUUUUUUUUUCUUCUAUCGAAUGUAAAUUUAAAAAAUUAAAUUUUAAAACGCUUUUAAUAAAUAUAUUCAUAUGUGUUUGUAUAUAUAUUUUGCUUGCUUGUUAAAACAAAAUGAUCCUCGCUCAUGUGUUGGUUAGUUACACAAUGGAAAACUGUAACGUUUCGUAGAGUUUCGUUUUUGGAGUAUAAUUGUUUCGUUAGUUAUAGGUUGCUUUCUUACUUAUUCCGUUUGGUUUUCUUUUUUUAAUUGCAUUAAUUGUUACAUACUUUAAACUUAUAUAUAUAACUAUAUAUAUAUAUAUAUAUAAACAUGCGUGUAUGUAAGCAUAGUUUAAUUAAUUCAAUUGGUUUUGGUAUAAUUGUCGUCUUUAUACUCGCUAUAAUUGUUUUCGUUUCGUCUUUUUUUCACCGCACGUUCCUGCCUACGAUUUGUUCAAUGUCUUCAUAUAUAUAUGGAUAUAUGGAUGUUCAAGCAUAUAUAUUCCCUUUGUAUUGUUGUAAUUUAGGUCGCAUUUAAUUUUGGUUGCAUUUGCUUCGCUUCAUUUCGGCGUUGAAUCAAAAUCUUCUCAUUAAAAACGAAAACGAACGAAACAUAAAGAUGUUCUGAUUGCGAGAUGUGAUGGACGAAUUCGAAUGAUUUGCUGAUAAACUAACAAAUCCAGAGAUAACGUUGAAUUAUGGAAAAGGAUGGCUUAGUUAUAGUUGUUGCGAUAUCGCCAAUACUCAUACCUUAUGCUGGCUUACAACUUAAACAAACUUAUCGUGUAUGCAAAAAAUGCAAAAAAAAGAAAAAUAUAUAUGAUCUUAAAGUGUUAACAAAAGGUGUCAAAAACGUUUUAUUGCUGUCAGUUGCGUGUGAUAUGUUUUCGGUUGUGGUAAGAACACAGGUGUCAAUAAAUUAUUACGAAAUAGGAGUUUACAAACGAAUGAUUACACUUAAAAGUCGGCUU